AUGGAAAUUUCCAGCACCAAGUACCGUGUCGGCAUGCCGCCAGUGCGGCCUCUGCCAUUGGAGAACUCACACCAGGUCAGCGAUGUGUGCAGUCCCGAUGUACUUGACGAGUUGUACGAGAAGGUGGCCGACAUUCUGCAUGCACACGACAUCGCCCUAACAAGACCUUCAGACGUGGGUGAUGGGGUUAAUGCGGUUGAUUUGAUUGAUGACUGGGGCUCAUCAUCCGAAGAUGAAGAUUAUACAGAGGGCCCCAUCUGCCUGGUAUACCGGUCAUACCCCUACAUCCCUGAAUCUGUCCGAUUAACGUUGUUGAUCAUUGCCCAUUGGACAAACUCUCCAGAGGCUUGGAAGCUCGCCGUCCAGACCAUCAGGCCUCUGGUACUCGAGCACCUGCGUACACAGCAGGAGGUGGAUGUCGAGAUGAUCGAUGAGAAUCACUUCAACUCACUAUCCCUUUCGCCAGUCGGUGAUGACCCUGACUUCACUCGGAACUGGGACGGAAUAUCUGCCCAAAUUGUGGAUGUUCUCGAAAGCAACCCAGCCUCCCGAGGCACUAUGACCACCGUCACGGUCUUCCGGGCGGGCAUAACAAAAUCCAGCGAUAAUCCCAUCACCGUGUACGUUUCGGUCAGUGAUGAAUGCGCCCAGGCUGACUGGCCUCCCAUUAUCGCUGAUAUUAAGAAAAUCAUCGAUCCCCACCACCUGGAAUUGAUCUUCGAGCACAAUGCCUGGGAGCCACUUACGUAUUGCGGCUAA